GUGCCCUCUUCCGCCCGUGUUCCGGUUCACUAAAACCUCGCUUGUAAGUGGGGUGGGCACGGGUGGUCCUUUUGCGCAGGCGCGGUGUGCGGUCCACGCUCGCCGCUAUGCAGGCGGGCCACGUCUCGCGGGUCCGCGCCUUGUAUCGGCGCAUCUUGCUGCUGCACCGGGGUCUGCCCCCAGACCUCAAAGCCCUGGGUGACCAGUACGUGAAGGACGAGUUUAGGAGACAUAAGACCGUUGGUUCUGACGAGGCCCGGCGUUUCUUGCAGGAAUGGGAGGUGUAUGCAGCAGUGCUAUGGCAACAAACUAAUGAAAACCAACAAAAUGCAACAGGAAGAGUAUGUUUUGGAACUGCCCUACCAGAAGAAAAACUCAAUGACUUUCGUGAUGAACAGAUCGGACAGUUGCAGGAACUGAUGCAAGAAGCUACUAAACCUAACAGACAAUUUAGUGUCACUGAAUCUAGGGAACCAAAAUUUUAGUCUGUACCAUAAAGCUUUAGCAUUUUAAGUUCAGAACCCCUUAUUUUAACUCUUAGGGUUUCUAAAAAUGUAUUUCUUCAGCUUAGAGGCUUUGUGAAUGCCUAGUGUUCAUGAAAUAUUCUUUAAUUUGGGGAUCUUAAUAAUGCUGUCUACAAUAUGUAGAUCAAUAUGACUAGAAGACAGACUUCAUAUGAUUGAAAUAACAGUACUUGCUGGAUGGGAUUUGACUUUUUGACUAAACAAGAAUGACUAUAACAUGGACAAAAUUGUAGAAUUUUGCCAGAAGGUUUUUUUAUAUGUAAAUUUCAUGCUGUUCUUGUUGAAGCAUUAACCUCAGGGCUUUAGCUUCAACAGACAAGUAUGUUAUGAUAACAACGGAUGUGGCGUUCCAUCAAGGUUUUUAUUUACAUACAUGGAUUGUCAUCCUGAAAGGUUUUUCAUUUGUUUUAAUGCUACAUGUAUGAUUAUUGAUGUAAAUAUGCCUUCUCCCUGAGUCAUUGUUUAUAUACAAUGAAAGAUUAAAAAGAAGCGUUAAAAGUA